AUGCAGAAGCGUUAAGGCUGUCCACUGGAGUCUUCGAGGCCCUUUUACUCACGAGGAGCGAGCGGUUUAUAAAGUUGAAAGGGAACGGCUACGGCUUCUCUAGUAUUUUCACAGUUUCUUCGUCAUGGUGUAUACACCAUGAAUUGUGUAACGAAAAACCGAUUAAUCUCUCCUUGAAAACAGAGUCUUCUAAAGUAAUGUCUGGAGAAGACUUAACAGUAAGACUGCAAAUUUGGUACUAUAGAACAUGUAAACUGGCACUAGCAUUAGCAGUAAUCAGCACCAGACCACCAGGUAAAACCAGCAAAGAAUAUGCAGAGUUUCUUGUAGCAACUGUGUCUUGCCAAGGGACAAAAUGGAGGUCAAAAGUAGAAGCCCUUGAAGCAGAAGUGUUUCGACUACGACAGGAAGCUCUCCUGAGUAAACUCUCUUCCAGAACAAAAGAAAGCUUGAGCAUUGAGGACAGCAUUUCUUGCUCUACACUGCAACUAUGCAGUAAAUCUGCAAGCCUUUUCAGUGUGGCUACUGAGCAUGGAGAAGAUUCUGGUUGUGAUGUGUCUACUCUGAACAGUUUAUCUGGAUCUAGUAAUCUGGCACGUAGUGAGCCUAACUACUUGAGCUGUACUUUGCCAUUAUUAACACUGCCUGGAGAUAAUCAUAAUCAACAAAGUAGCAAAGAAAAACACUUAGAAAUGUGCACACAUUUUCUACAGAACUUGAUUGGACUCAAAAAAUUAUCUGAAGCUGGAAGUGUGACUACUGCAGGUUUUAUUGGAAGUGACUUUUCGAUAGUAACAGAUUCUGUCUCACAACUAAUUCAAGGUAUGAGUGAGUUCUACAGGAGCCCCAAAGAUGUUUUCUUUGACAUGUUUUUUAAAGAAGCACCUAAUGUGUUGGCUUUCUUAAUAGAAGAGACACAUUUACCAAAAUCUGUCCUUAAUCAAUGCUCAAAGAAGUUGGAAGAUUUUCAAAAGGAGUUGUUAAAACUAAUUUUAGAAAAUGGAAGUAUAAAUAGGGUAAGAUAA